CAGAAAGCACCUGCAUGUGUGAUUUGCUGAUUUGUUUUAUUUUCUCAAUGGCUCAUUUGUAAGCACAAGAGAAGCUAAAAUCGGAUUAAAGACAGAAAAUGUUUUUUCCACAAUAAGAAAACUUUAUUUCAUUUAAUAUGAAAAUUAAAUUAUAUCUCAGUAUGGGGGUCUUCACAAUUCUUAUCCAAGAAUAAAAAGCCAAAUACAUGACAAGCCUGAGCUUUGACAAUAUCUUAUUUAAAAAAUAAAAUGUUAUAAGUCUAACUAUCGAGAUUUUAAAUAACUAGAGAUGGAACUUUCUGUACACAUGCACGAACCACUGAAAUCGGUUGAAAAAUGUAAACGUUAUUUUUGUUUUUAUCCAGAAAAACCGCAACUCCCCCGUUUAUUUGCAUUUGAUUACAGCGCAGUCUUGCCCUCCGCAAAAUGGCGGACGCGUUGACGUAUCGCAGCAACGUUCCAAAGCGGCCAAUAGGGCGUCUAUGUAUUUAUUAUGUCUAUGGCUUAGAAUUCCGGGCUUCCAGGCACGUGAUGUAAUUAAUAUUCAUUAGCCAAUCAUUCCCCUACCGUUAAGAACAAAGUGGUUCAGUUACUAAGCAACUCGUUUUUAGAAACACAUGAGCCUGCAGUGGGUACGGCGAAAGCAGAGACAGAAAUCCAACGAUAAACUUUAAAACAAUCAAUAUCAUAAAAAUGUCCAGUACGUUGUUAUCAGAGGGCAUCAAGACCCCUGUCCAUGAUCAAAUUUCGAUACUACAACGAAAAAUUCAGCUUCUGGAGGGAGACAGAAGCGCAUACUUUGAAAGCGCUCAGUCAGCCAUCAAGAAAAACAGAGGAACCAUCCUGCAGCUGAGACAAGAAAAUAAAAACUUGCACAAGAAACUUGCCGAGGCCCUUGCUGGAGAUGAACAAGUCAUCAGAGAGGCCUUCCAAAGCCGUGUGGUGGAGAAAGCAGCAUUCAGGAACAUGUCUGGGAAGGCAGCUUGUACGGUGAUGGAUCAGAAGGUGUGUGAUAAAAUGAAGAAGUUUAACGCUCUAAAACACACCACUCAGACACAAAGGCGCCGUUUAGAGGACCUGAAGCUUCAGUACCAGAGCAUGAAGCCAGAGAGAAGAAGCCCUGUGGCUGAUGCACAGAAACAAGAGGAGGAGAAGAGAGAAGGGGACUCCGCCGAUCAGCUUCCUCAAAAGAAGUUGCGCAUGCUGGAAAACCGUUUGGAGAAAGCACAGCUGAAAUGUCAUGAAGCAGAGCACAUCAUGCGGGGAUACCUGAAACUGAAGGAGCACCUGCAGGAAGAGAGUCUUACAUAUCAGUCUAAGCUGGACCAGCUGGAGGCAGAGAUCCACCUUCAGACCCAAGAGCUCAAAGACCUGCAGGUCAUGAACAGUGAUGCUCACCUGUCUAAGGACGCUGCCAAGGCUGAGCUGCAGUUUAAGGAGGAGCAGGUGCUCAGAGAGCGCAGAGAGAGAGAAAAAAUUCUCUUCCGCUAUAAGAAGCAGGCAGAAGAGAGGAAGGCUCUGGCAGAGAGGAUGGAGAGAAGACCCCAGCGAGCGAGCAUGCACCCCGAUGAGCUGAGCACUGAUGCCCAGCGCAGUGCCACUGGAGUGGGGGAGGAAGAGGAAGCCAUCUCUGCUUUUGAGGAAGCUUUCCAACGCAUCAAAGAGGCCACUGGAGUCACAGACACACAGGAAAUAGUGGACAGGUUUAUCUCUCAGGGAGAAACACAGACACAUCUGGAGAAGAUGAAGGCACAAAAUGAGAAAACUCUUCUUCAGCUGAAGGAUGAGAGAAAUAAUCUGCAGACUCAGUUUCAGGAUAUGAAAUAUUCAGGAGAAACUAAACUAUCAAGUGAGCAGCAGAUGCUGCAGGAUUGCGAGCAUCAACUGCAGCAGGAGCAACAGCAGCGUGAUGCAUAUAAAGAUCAUCUGGACUGGCUCACACGCACACUCAGAUCCGUCCGAGCUGGAGUGCAACAGCUCAGUGAUAAACUUCAGCAUAUACCACUGAUGAAAAGUCCGGUGCCCCAACUUCCCUCAGAUGCAGGAGAACACGUGCUCCAGCUGCUGUCUGAGGCCAAGCAGAAACUUAUCAGGCUAAAAGAGGAACUGCAGGGUAAAGAUCUGGUGACCAUCAUAAAGGAGAUGGAGGAUGAAGAGUUCCGUGCCAGUAUACAAGGAAAACUGCCCCACCACAACACUCGCAUUCAGUUGCCUGAGGCACAGAAACUGGCCCCCUUUUAUGAUGAGCAAGAGAGUGGCGAAGAUGAAGGUGAUGUCAUCACCCGUGCCAUCCUGAAGCACCAGUCGCAAUUGAUAAUUGACGCAAAAACCAAGAGGAAGACUCGUAUCAAAAAGAGGAAGGGCAAACUCUGAUUUGAUCCAGUCCCUGAUCUGACAGCAGUGAGAAAUAUGACCAGAUAUACCCACUACAUUUCCUGGAAGCUUUGUCUCAAUUCAAACUGAUCUGUUAGAAAAUUUGUGCUGGUGAAAAUAAAUUAAUUAUUGAGUUGUAUUGCAAGAAAAGUAUUAGCAAACUGAAUCGUUUGUGCACAUGACUCCUUGCAUGACAAAUGACAUCAGUCAUGUUUUUAAUGUAACACCUGUUAAAGAUUAUGAUUCUCACAUGACACCUGUGUUGAUGAUAAGCCAGAGAUACCUUCUCGGCAUAGAACUGGAGAAAUGUCCUUCAGCAAUUAGCAAACUAAUUUACUGCAUACUUUUACAUUUUAAAGCUAAGC